AUGGUGCUACACUUCUAUGGAGGAGCUGCAUUUCCUAAAUCCAUCACUCGCACCAACCUAGUGUUCCUGCCUAAGAAACCUAGAGUUGAGACCUUCUCUGACUUAAGACCUAUUAGAUUAAGCAACUUCAUUAACAAGGUCUUGUCUAGGGUGUUACAUGAUAGAUUGGAUAUUUUUUUGCCUUCCCUAAUAUCUCCUAAUCAAUCCGGAUUUGUGAAGGGUAGGAGUAUAUUUGAGAACAUCUUAUUGACUCAAGAAAUUAUCACUGACAUAGGGUUAAGGGGAAAGCUAGCUAAUGUGGUGAUCAAACUUGAUAUGGCUAAGGCCUAUCAUAGGGUCUCAUGGAAGUACUUAUUGCAUGUACUAAGGAAGAUGGGAUUUUCUGAGCACUUCAUCAACACGGUGAACUUGGUGUCAAAUAACGGGUCUUUGAAUAAGUUAUUUGAAGACAGGUCAUUUGUGGGAUUUGGAAUGCCUAAGUGGUCGGAUCCUUUGAACCACUUGGCAUAUGCUGAUGAUACUAUAAUCUUUGCUUCUACUUAUCCUCCAUCCUUGAGCAAGAUUAUGGCAGUGUUGGGGAACUAUAAGAAGAUAUCAGGUCAGAUGAUCAACAAAGAUAAGAGUUCAUACUACACAUAUUCAAAGGUUCCUAAUGGAUUAUGUCAGGCGGUUGGAGUUAUUACAGAAUUUACAAGAGGUAAAUUCCCCUUCACAUAUCUAGGGUGUCCUAUUUUCUACACGAGAAGGAGGAAGGAAUAUUAUGAGGAUCUUAUAAAGAAAGUAAAGGCUAAAUUGCAUUCAUGGAAAGGAAAGCUGCUAUCAUUUGGAGGAAACGCAACACUCAUUUCUAGUGUGUUGCGAAGUAUGCCAGUCCACAUGUUAUCAGUCCUGCACCCACAAAAAAAAUGUCCUGGAGCAUCUUCAUAA